GCGGUGCUAUCAGCAGUUUCCAUGCAGAUUCAGGCCAUUCAAGACUCUAUCAGACAUCACAAAAACACUUGUGAACUGCUGGGAAAAGAGGUGCAACUGGACCCAAACUCUGGGGUGUUCAUCACUUUGAACCCAGCAGGAAAAGGCUAUGGAGGCAGGCAGAAACUCCCAGACAACCUAAAGCAGCUGUUCAGGCCUGUGGCUAUGAGCCGGCCCGACAACGAGCUCAUCGCAGAAGUCAUCCUCUACUCAGAAGGCUUCAAAAAUGGAGAAAUAUUGGGACGCAAACUGGUUGCAAUAUUUAACUUAGCUAGGGAGUUGUUGACGCCCCAGCAGCACUAUGACUGGGGUUUGCGUGCUCUGAAGACUGUGCUGAAGGCCUGUGGCAGUCUCCUGCAGCAACAGAGGAGAAGCCAUGACAAGGAGAAGAUCCAGGAGAGUAAUCUUGUGGUGCAGGCACUGAGACUGAACACCAUGUCCAAGCUGACAUUUGCAGACAACUCUCGCUUUGAUGCUCUAGUCAGAGACGUCUUCUCAGGGGUUAAUUUCACCGACAUGGAGGACCAGAUACUAAUGGAUGCAUUACAACAAGUCUACAAAGAGGCACAGCUUGAACUAAUACCCAGCCAGGUGUACAUUAUUUCCUUAGUAAUUUAUUGUCUUGGCAAUUGGUUUUGA